AUGAUGGGUUGGUUGUGUGAAUUGAUUGGAAGAUGGAUAAUUGAUUUGACUAAAUGGGCAUAUAUCCAUCCGCAAGAGGGAUGUGGAACGGAAAAUAGGAGCGAGCAUCAGGAUAUGACCAGAAGGAAGUGCUUUAUAUCGAUCACAAUGGUUAUGUGUAGGGAAUUUUUUGUCUCUGAAUCAACGCAAAUUGUUCCACAGUACGGCUGGAUAGGGAACUCGCAGGAUUCGGACACACCCGAGGGUAAUGUUCGGGGACCUCCCAGCACCUACGAGGUUUGGGAUGCUUCCGAUAACAUCCCUCACUGUCGACUUCUUCCAGCUUCAAGGACCGCCGAGCACUAUUUUGUCACUGAGCCAGUUCUGCGUCACGCGUUUUUCUAUGAUUUGAAACGAGGAAAAAUCCUACUUAUUGAGUGGCUGCCGAAGUUCAUAAUGCGUUUGAAGGUUCUCAUGUGCUAG